CAUAUUAUAAUUACGAAAAGUGUAGUUAGUACGCCACUCUACACCAUCUUAGCUUGGCGCGGACAAAUUUUUUCAAGUCUUCGGUUGAAAUAUAUCGUUAAAGUGCUGCAGGACAGGGAGGCGAUUACUUAUAAUUUGUUUUGGGACGCACGAAGCUAUGGAAACCAACGAGGAAAUCGUCAUUUCCGGAAUAUCCGGGAGAUAUCCGGAGUGCAAGAACAUAGAGGAGCUGAUGGAGGCCCUGCUGAACGGUGUGGAUCUCGUCACCGACGAAGAUACGAGGUUUCCCCGAGGCGUCAUGGGUAUACCACCGAGGAUGGGUAAGGUACCGGAACUGGACAAGUUCGACUCCACUUUCUUCGGGAUACACGCGAAACAGGCGGAAUUCUUGGAUCCCCGCCACAGGAUCCUCCUCGAGACUGUGCAGGAGUGCAUAGUCGAUGCCGGAUACAACCCCCAAGAGUUACGAGGCAGCAAAACAGGGGUGUACGCCGGCCUGGGCACGUUCACCAAUCCGGAACAGAUGAGAGAACGCGAAGACACCGACGGGUACACGAACAUAGGCCUCUGCAUGGGGAUGGCUGCGAACCGUAUUUCCUUCUGCUUCGACUUCAAGGGCAAGAGCUACACCCUGGACAAUGCGUGCGCCAGUUCCCUGUACUGCUUCGUCAACGCCGUAGAAGACAUGAGGAGCGGUAAAGCGGACGCCGUCGUCGUCUGCGGCUCUCAGAUAAUGUUCCAUCCCGGGGAGAGCUCCGAAUUCAACAAGCUCAACAUGCUGGCGCCCGACGGCAAGUGUAAGGUCUUCAACACAGAUAGGGACGGGUACGCCAGAGGGGAGGCCAUCAUCAGCCUGCUGUUGCAGAAGAAGAGCGUCAGCAGGCGCGUCUACGCUACCGUAGCGGGUGCCAUGUGCAGUGCUGACGGGUACAAACUGGAGGGAAUAACUUAUCCCUGUGCCAGGACGCAGGGGGAACUGUUGGAUGGGAUCUACAACAAACAUGGGGUCGAUCCCGACGAGUUGACUUAUGUGGAAGCUCACGGCACGGGCACGCCCGCAGGCGAUACUGAAGAACUGCAAGCGAUAGUAACGAAGUUCUGCCAGAACAGAAAGUCACCGCUGCCGGUGGGCGCCGUCAAGUCUAACAUGGGGCACUCCGAGGUAGCUUCGGGGUUGUGCUCCGUCUCCAAGGUGUUAAUAGCCAUGGAAACGGGAAUAAUACCUGCCAAUUUACACAUAAAGUCCGUGGACACUGAUUUACCGGGCGUGAGAGAUGAGAAAAUCAAGGUAGUGACGGAAAAUCUUCCCUGGGACGGCGGACUGGUCGCUGUGAAUUCGUUCGGGUUUGGCGGGGCAAAUGCGCACGUCGCGCUCAAGUCCAACCCCAGGGAAAAGUCCAGAACGUACAAAAAACCGAAGUACCGUUUGGUGCAGGUCUCGGGAAGGACGGAAGAGGCGGUGAACCACUUCCUAGACGAGGUCGAGAAAAAUGCCGACGAUGAAGAAUUCCUAGCCCUGGUAGACGAAGUCCACAAGAUGAACUGCGAAGGUCACAAUUAUAGGGGAUAUACAAUCCUGGGGGAAAAACCGAAGAGAGAAGUGAGCAGAUACAACAAGGCCGGGCCCAUCUGGUUCAUCUACGCCGGUAUGGGGUCCCAGUGGAUAGGCAUGGGUCGAGACCUGAUGAACAACGAAAUCUUCAGGAAUACCAUCAAGCGUUGCGCCGUCGCCCUGAAGCCUUACCACGUAGAUCUGGAGGAUAUCCUGACAAACGAAAAUCCAAACACGUUCGAAGAUUUCGUCAAUUGCUUCGCGGCGAUCGGCGCCGUAGAGAUAGCCCUGACGGACCUGUUGUACUCACUAGGCAUCGUCCCUGACGGUAUAGCCGGCCAUUCCUUGGGAGAAGUGGGUUGUUCGUACGCGGACGGACACUUGACCGCGGAAGAAGCGGUGUUGCUGUCUUACGCUCGAGGCUACGCUUCCAAGUGCGUCAAGCUACCGGCCGGAGCCAUGGCCGCGGUGGCUCUCUCAAAAGAGGACUGCUUGAAAAUACUCCCCGACGACACGUACAUCGCCUGUCAGAACGGAAAGAGCAGCGUCACCGUCUCGGGUCCAGAAAAGCUGAUCGCCGACUUCGCGGAGAAGCUAACCGCGCAGGGGAUAUUCGCGAAGAAGGUGAACACGGGGGGGCUAGCCUACCAUUCGAAGUACAUCAAGGACGCCGGCCCGUUCCUCUACGAUUUCGUCAAUAAAAUCGUGAAGACCCCGACGUUGAGGUCGCCCAAGUGGCUAUCCACCUCGGUGUCCGAGAAGCAGAAGGGGGAGCCGUGGACGAGGUACAAUUGCGCCGAGUACCACACGAACAACUUCUGCAACACCGUGCUGUUCGACGAGGUCUACGAUCACAUACCCGAGAACGCCAUCGUCGUGGAGGUGGCCCCGCACGGUUUGAUGCAGGCCAUCCUGAAGAGGGAGCUGUCUUCCAACGUCAAGAUCUUGCCGGUGACCAACAGGAGCAGUCCCGAUAACGAGGAGUUCUUCUUGUCCGCCAUCGGAAAGAUAUAUCUGGCCGGCGGCCAGCCCAACCUGAAGAACCUGUACAAGGGCGUCACCUAUCCCGUGAGCAGAGGCACCAAGAUGCUAUCCCCGCUGGUCAAAUGGGACCACGGCGUGAGUUGGAUGGUGCCUGUGUGGCACCACAAAGACAGUUUCGGACAGAGCAUAAACGUGAACAUCUCCAACGAGCAGCACUCCCACCUUGCUGGCCACAAUAUCGAUGGUAGGGUGCUGAUGCCAGCCACGGGAUAUCUGGAACUGGCAUGGCGUACGUUGGCCCAACUCCACUUAAAAGACCCGGAGAACCUCCCGGUGAUUGCGGAGAACGUGAUAUUCAAGAGAGCGACCGUGCUUCCCCCACGGACAGAGGUGAAGUUCCUAGUCAACUUAAUGAAGCAGUCCGGUCACUUCGAGAUCUUCGAAGGCGGUUCUGUAGUGUGUACAGGAACGAUCUACACAGUGAAAGAUGUGACGGGAGCUUACAGCGAUGCCGAUUGUCCAGCGACCUCUACGGAAGCGUAUGUACCGUUAAUGGCUGAUGACGUCUACAAAGAGUGCCAUUUGAGGAGGUAUUUGUACGAAGGAAGCUUCCAAGGACUCGUAGAGUGCGACGUAGAAGGACUACGGGGCAAGAUUAAGUGGCAGGACAAUUUUACCAGCUUCCUGGACACGAUGUUGCACAUGACAGUCAUUUCGGAAACGAAGAGAGACUUGCUCCUGCCUACGGCCAUUGAAAAAGUGGUAAUAGAUCCUCGGAAGCAUUUGGAGUUGGUUGCGGAACAGCAAGACUUACCGAUAUUCUACAACCAGAACAUGAACGUUUUGAGAUGUGGAGGUGUAGAAAUCGUUGGCAUGGAUUCCUCCAAGGUGGCAAGGAGGAAGCACACCCAAGAAGAUCCGCUGCUUGAGACUUACGAGUUCCUUCCUUAUGAAACGUCGCAAAGCAACGAUAUCGAAACAGACGCAAAUCUUUCCGCAGCGAUUCAAAUAAUUUUGCAAAACGUAUCGGGUUUCAUAAAGACCCUCAAAAUAUUCACCUUUCCCGAAGACAACACCAAGCUGCUAGAUAAGAUCAAACAGGUUGUAAACACCCAGCCGAUGGUGGAACUCCAGGAGAUCAAAUACGACGAAGAAGACACGAAAACUACCGCAGACGUCGUGCUACUCACGGAACCGAUUCUCAAAAACUUCGACGUAAACAAGGCUACGAAACGUUUGACCGACACUGGCAUGAUCUUGUACCAAGGUGAUAUCAGUAAGAUACCACUGAAAGACGUAAAUAUUGUGUACGGAGCAGCUGGAAUACAUAUCAUACGUGCGUAUCGGCAAAUGCCUUCGAAAUAUUCCGUAGUUUACGUUAAAAAUUCCAACCUCGAUUGGUUGGAAAAAAUCAAAGAAUUGGUACAGGCACGCUCCAAGGAAGUCGUAUUCUUGGUCAGUCAAGGAGACGAUACCAGCGGCGUCGUGGGGUUGAUGAAGUGCCUCCUGACAGAACCCAACACUCCCAAGUUCAGGUGCGUGCUAAUCCAGGACGAAAAGGCGCCGGAAUUUUCCCCCGACAGCGAAUUCUACCGAAACCAGCUCGCCACAGACCUCACCUUCAACGUACUGAGACACGGCAAGUGGGGUACUUUCGUCCACCAGCCUCUACGACCGACCGAAAAAAGAAACGUGAAAGACGCUACCGUCGACACCCUAACCAUCGGAGAUCUAUCGACUCUAAGUUGGGUGGAGAGAUCGCCGAGUUACGUAACGCACCAUCCGGGAUCGGAACUGGUUUACGUCUGCUACUCGUCAUUGAAUUUCAAAGACGUCAUGGUCGCUACCGGUAAACUGUGUUUGCCGCAGGCUAACGAACCCACCGCUCCCGAGGUGACCAUCGGCUUUGAAUACGCGGGAAUCACGGGAUCCGGCAAACGGGUGAUGGGCGUCGUUGAGUUCGAAGGUUUGAGUCUCCAGGUGCAGCCCGACGCGGCCUUCGUCUGGGACGUACCGAGGGAGUGGAGUCUGGAGGAGGCCGCCACGGUCCCCUGCGUUUAUGCCACGUGUUACUUGGCGAUGAUCGUUAGAGGCGGGAUGCAACCAGGUGAGUCGAUUUUGAUCCACGCCGGCUCGGGAGGUGUAGGUAUAGCCGCCAUUGCUAUAGCCCUCGGUAUGGGCUGUACCGUAUUCGCCACGGUUGGAAGCCAAGAGAAGAGAGACUACCUCAAGAAACUAUACCCUCAAAUAGAAGACGCCAAUAUAGGAAAUUCCAGGAACGCCUCGUUUAGGCGAGUAAUCAUGGAGAGGACCAAGGGUAAAGGGGUGGACCUAGUGCUGAACUCGUUGGCGGGGGAUCUUUUCCAACAGUCGCUGAAGUGUAUAGGCAGCGGCGGAAGGUUCUUGGAAAUCGGAAAAGUGGACUUCUUGAACAGAACAGCGAUCGACUCUAACAUUUUUUACAGGAACUGCAGCUUCCACGGCAUCGAUCUGGACGAAGUUUUAAAAAGCAGCAACAUUAGAAUCAAAGAAGCCGUACGCGAUUUGUUAAUCGAAGGCAUAAAAAAGGGCGUAGUGAAGCCGUUGCCCAGGCAGAUCUUCAAGGAGGACGAAAUCGAGGACGCCUUUAGGUUAUUAUCUUCCGGAAAACACAAAGGAAAGAUACUGAUAGAGUUGAGGAAGGAAACCAGGCCCAUCGUGAGGACAAUCAGUGCCGUUCCCAGGAUGUACUUCGACCCGAACAAAUCCUACGUCCUCGUAGGCGGACUGGGGGGCGUGGGACUCGAACUGGCCGAAUGGUUAAUACGAAGGGGGGCCACCAAGGUUAUAUUGAACUCCAGGAGGCAGAUCCAUAACGGCUACCAGUCGUACUGUCUGAAGAAGUGGUCGAAAUGGAACAGGGUGACGGUGAAAAUCAACACAGACGACACUACCGCCUUGGAAGGUGCCAGGAACCUGGUGAAUUGUGCCAAGGAUUUAGGACCAGUGGGAGGGAUUUUCAACAUGGCGCUGGUGUUAAAAGACGGUUUGAUAGAAAACCAGACGGCGGAGACCUUCGAUGCUGUAUUCAAGCCGAAAAUCGCGUCGGGUUUCAACAUGGACGCAGUGACCAGAUUGGAGUGCCCGGAACUGGACCACUUCGUGGUCUUUUCCUCAGCCGCCUGCGGACGCGGUAACUUCGGACAAUCCAACUACGGCAUGGCCAACUCCGCUCUAGAACAACUAUGCUACAAACGUAGGAGGGAGAAUCUCCCGGCUCUGGCCGUACAAUGGGGACCCAUAGGAGAAGUAGGAGCUCUGAUGAAGACCCAAAUUAUCAAUAAGUUAUCGGACCACAUGGUGGCGCAAAAUAUAAGUUCCUGCAUCGAGGCUCUGGAGAGGUUCAUGCUACAGGACUCGGUAGUCGGUUCGAGUAUGGUAUUAGCUACUAAAGAGGACACGAAGAGAAAGGAAACGACUAAAACCCCGGCCGAGGCGGUCGCUCACAUCCUGGGUAUUAGAAACAUAGGAUUAGUUGACAAGACACUGACGCUGGCCCAACUGGGCCUGGACUCGCUGAUGGUCGCCGAGAUCAAGCAGACCCUCUACAGGAACUACCAACUGGAAGUGAGUACGGACGAAAUCCGGGACCUCACCUUCGACCAACUUAUCGCAAUCUCCGAGACCGACCAGAACAACAACCUCGCUCCACUAGAAAACGGCAAGAGCGAGGAAGUUCACGGAACCAUCACCGCCAUGCUCUCCAAAGAAACGCUCGUUGCGCUGAACCAAACCGAGAACGAGUCGAGAACGAUCUUCCUCGUGCAUCCGAUCCAGGGACACGUUGACGUCCUGAGGACUAUAGCGGGACAAUUGAAAGCUACGGUUUACGGGGUCCAGUGUACGAGAGAGGCCGAUUUCGACAGUAUUCCAGACUACGCGAGGUAUUACGUGAAACGAAUCAAGGAGAGGAAACCCCAAGGGCCUUACUUCCUGUGCGGAUAUUCGUUUGGAGCUGCUGUAGCUCUGGAAAUGGGUCUUCAGUUGGAGAAAAGCGGGGAGGUCGUACAGGUCGCUUUGCUGGACGGGUCGCCCUCUUACGUCAGGGAACACUUGGAGGAGCUUUUCGUGAAAAUGGAAACGUCCGUGGAAAAAUCCAAAACCGCCAUCUUGGUCAACUUUGUGUCCUCCUUCACCAGUUUGGACCAGGACAAACUUUCAGAACAGUUACAAGCGGUGGGAGACUGGGAGAAACAACUAAAGUACGUCGCAGAAUUGGUAUCAAAAGAAACAGGGCUAGAUGUAGAUGACGUGGCUGUGUCCGCCAACGGGUACUACAAAAGGUUUUUAGCCGGCGUUACGUACCAGCCAAAAGGCAGGUUUAAUGGAAGAGUAUUACUCGUAAGGGGAAACAGCGACCAAGUCCUUUCUUCCGAAGAUUACGAUUUGCACGAGGUCUGCCAUCAAGACGUGGAAUUGGUGAAGUUAAAAGGAGACCAUAACACUGUCCUGCUCGGAGAAAACGUCAGGCUUAUUUCGGAAAAAAUCAACACCUUCUUCUGAAGCUUGCACAGAAGGUGUUAUUAUUUAUGUUUUUAUAAAUAAAUAUGACUUUAACGUUGUCCAGUGUAGACGAAAUGUAAAAAAAAUAUGUAAUAAAAAAUUAUCUCACUAUAACGUGAAGUUAAUUUGAAAUAAGGUGCAGAUAUUGAUGUAAGAAUUACUUUAGGAACCAAUAAAAUCAAUACCUUC